AGUUCAUUAGGAUUGAUUAAUCCGCAACACUACGGCCGCCUCGCGCUUUUGUCCGUUAUACUAAUUAUAUCUAAUAGCUAGUACAUGACGUUCAUUACGUACGCAGUAUGCACGUUGGCGAUUGCAUACGGGUACAGACAUUUAGCGACAGCUAUUUAUUUUAUAUUUCUUAUGGUCACGACGCACAGCUGGACAACAGCUUCUGUGUGAGUCUUAAAUGUCUGUGCUACGUCGCGCUGACAAACAUGGCCGGAGGGGACGUUAUUCAGUUGUCACUUGAUCCGUUGCCGAACAUCGAGGUAGUGUUUUCGUCUACGGACGACGGAAAAGGCCGCGAGCACGCGGCAAGGCCAAACUGAAGUCCAAAGGCUUGAAGGAACGGAACCGGUAACGGCCAAACCCAAGCGCAGCCGUUCGGCGUGGAAAAGGACCAAACGUUUCUUUCAAAGAUUGCUGUGUUGCGGCGCUUAGUAAGACCCUAUAUAUUAUAUAAUGAUGUAUCUAUUUUGAUAUGUCAAUAUAUGCCGUGAUCUGAUUCGUUGCUGAUCAAAUUGCUGUGUCCUGUGCCAUAUUAUAUACGACUUAUGCGUCAUGUCAUCGUUCUCAAAAACGCGCACUAAUAAAUAAACUAGAAUGUUAUUUUUUUUACAAUAUCAUACGCUAUUUUAUAUGUAUGCAGUUCGAUCACGUCAAUAUAAAUUUAUAAGAAUACAGAUAUGCUCGAACAUAAUUUUAUAAUAUUAUAUAGAAUAGAAUAUCGUUAUGUACUUUAUGAAACGAAAAAAAAAUUCAAACAUUUGCAUUUUAUAAAAUGAUAUGCGCUUUGAACCUCUAACAAACAAGUUCUAAAGUUCUAAAUUAAUAUGAUACAGUUUUUACCUCUAAAUCGAAGUCAAGUGCGAGUAUUCUUCUAGAAUCCAAAUAGCCUAUCGAAUUCCAUCAGAAAUCCUUUAUUUUCAUCGAUAGUCUAACCGCCACUAAAACCACUGACCGUAUAUUUAUAGUAUGUAAAAACUAUAUAAAAUAAACUAUGUAAUUAACUAUGUAAAAAUGUAAUCAUGUAAAAAUGUAAAGACUAUAUAAAAUGUAACUAAAAAUAUUAUUGCUCAAACAACCUUAUUUAACUGGCUAACAACAAAUAUUAGGAACAUGGCAACCUGAAUUAUUAUUAUAUAAGUAAAUAUCAAUUUAAUUCGUAACAUAAAUAACAAUGGACAUCAACAAAUCUUGUUACGUACAAAUUGAAGAAGAUAUUGUCCAAAUUAAAGAAAACCACAAAAUGUACUCCAGAAUUUUAAAUGUUGUUUUCAUUAUAAUUAUAUUUUUUUUAUUACUCAUACUUAUAAUACAAUUAGAGGAAAUGGGAAAAGCGGAUCCGAUACUGGGAUUGAAAGACGUAAAUAAUACAAGUCUUGAGUCCUCUGCUGCACGAUAUGGGUAUGUGUGGAAAACACUACAAUCGGGUUUUUCGUCAAGCUCCCCAGAUACAAUAAAAAAUACUAUGAGAAAUUCGACGAAUUCCACAAUAUAUAAUAAUAACAACAUAACCAACAAUAUAACCAACAAUAUAACCAAUAUUUACAUCACAUACCAUCUGCCCGCACAAGCGCGGCGCAUUUUAUAAAAUACAAUUUAUUGUGCAUGCACUUGUGUUACGUGAUAUGCGCUUUGAACCUCUAACAAACAAGUUCUAAAGUUCUAAAUUAAUAUGAUACAGUUUUUACCUCUAAAUCGAAGUCAAGUGCGAGUAUUCUUCUAGAAUCGAAAUAGCCUAUCGAAAUCCAUCAGAAAUCCUUUAUUUUCAUCGAUAGUCUAUAACCGCCACUAAAACCACUGACCGUAUAUUUAUAGUAUGUAAAAACUAUAUGAAAUAAACAAUGUAAAAAUGUUAUCAUGUAAAAAUUUAAA